AAAAAAAAUGAAAGAAACCCAAAAAUUUUAAAGAGACAAAGUUGUCCCUCUAAACAUUUUGGCUUUCCCCCCUUCUCCAAAAUUUUUUCUUUCUCUCAAAAAAUCAAAAUUCCCCAAAUCAUAUUCCUCUAUUCCUAUUAUAAUGGAGAGACGACCAACACAAACAAUUCGAGCGACUUCUACUUCCUCUGUAAAACCCUAACUAUCCAAAUCCCCCCUUUUCUCUCUACAAAACUCCCUUUCUCUCUCCUUUUUCAUUUCCCCCCUUCAAAAUCAAACAUACCCAGUUCAAUUUUCCCUCAGAUUUCGAUCUUUUUUCAAUCAAUCGAUCUAUAAUUGGUUGAUUGAUUGAAUUUUUUCAUCGCAAUUUCAUCGAUUAAUUGUCUAAUUUUGUGUUGUAAUAAUUUGUGUUUUCACUGUUUUUGGAUUUUUUUGCUGAUUGAAUUUUAGGGUUUGCGUAAAGUUUUAAUCUUUCGUGAUUAAUUGAAAAAUUAAUCGAGGCUGGCGAAUUUUGAGGUGUAGUAAAUGGCGGAUCCGCCUGGUCUCCGCCUACCAUUUCCUGGGUUGGAAGCCAUUAAUGUUCAAAAUUUAGGGUUUCGAAGAUUUGUUUUGGAUAGUUCUAAGUCAUAUUUGAUAGAUAGAGAAGAAGAAGAAGUAUGCUGAGCGUGGUUAGAGUGCACCUCCCGUCCGACAUUCCCAUUGUAGGUUGUGAGCUUUCGCCGUAUGUUCUACUUCGAAAACCCGAUAAGAGUGUCAUUAACGAUGAUGUUCCUGAGACUGCUCCAAUUGACGGUCAGUUCUUAAGAUAUAAGUGGUAUCGUAUACAGAGUGACAAAAAAGUUGCUGUUUGUAGUGUGCAUCCGACUGAGCAAGCCACUCUGCAGUGCAUUGGUUGUGUUAAGGCCAAGAUUCCUGUGACGAAAAGCUACCAUUGCUCUCCCAAGUGCUUUUCAGAUGCUUGGCAGCAUCAUCGUGUUUUGCAUGACCGUGCUGCCAGUGCUGUUAAUGAGAAUGGGGGUGAAGAGGAAGAUAUGUUUGGACGCUUUAAUAGCUCAGGUUCUGGAGUACUGAGUGCCGGCUUGGCUCCUUCUGCAUCUAGUCCCAACUUGACCAAUGGCUCUACACCUUUAUAUCCUGUUGCUGUUACCCAGAGGAGUGGCAGUGAAACAUGGUUUGAAGUUGGACGUUCUAAGACAUACACACCAUCCGCUGAUGAUAUUGGUCAUGUUUUGAAAUUUGAAUGUGUUGUUGUAGAUGCUGAGACAAAGCAAACUGUCGGACAUCCCAUGACACUUACUACAUCUCGUGUCAUCCCUGCACCUACACCGACACCUCGUCGCAUGAUUUCAGUUAGUGGCGCGGAUGUAAUGGGACAUUUGGAUCCUGAUGGGCGUAUUGCAACUGCUGGGACUUUUACUGUGGUUUCAUACAAUAUAUUGGCGGAUGCAUGUGCCACUAGUGAUACAUAUAGUUACUGUCCUUCGUGGGCCCUUUCCUGGCCUUAUCGCAGACAAAAUUUGUUGCGAGAAAUUGUUACAUAUCGUGCAGACAUUGUAUGUCUUCAGGAGGUUCAAUAUGAUCAUUUUGAAGAAUUCUUUGCUCCUGAGCUUGACAAACAUGGCUACCAUGCUCUAUAUAAGAGGAAAACAUCAGAGGUAACGCAUACAGUUGAUGGUUGUGCCACAUUCUUCCGAAGAGACAGAUUUACCCAUGUAAAAAAAUACGAGGUCGAGUUUAACAAGGCCGCACAGUCUUUAACAGAGGCUGUAGUUCCUACUACCCAGAAGAAAACUGCUUUGAAUCGACUUGUCAAGGAUAAUGUUGCACUAAUCGCCGUCUUGGAAGCCAAAUUCAGUCAACAGGGUGCUGAUACCCCUGGAAAAAGACAGCUUCUUUGUGUUGCAAAUACACAUGUAAAUGUGCAUCAAGAACUGAAGGACGUCAAACUCUGGCAGGUUCAUACUUUAUUGAAAGGGUUGGAAAAGAUUGCUAACAGUGCUGAUAUUCCAAUGUUGGUGUGUGGAGACUUUAAUUCAACUCCUGCAAGUGCUCCUCAUGCACUUCUUGCAAUGGGUAAAGUUGAUCCACUACAUCCCGAUUUAGCCGUGGACCCUUUAGGAAUAUUGCGCCCUCAUACAAAGCUUGCACACCAGCUUCCACUGGUCAGUGCAUAUUCAUCCUUUGCAAGAGGGAUGGGACCAGCUUUAGAGCAGCAAAGGCGGAGAAUGGAUCCUUCAACAAAUGAGCCCCUAUUUACAAAUUGCACAAGAGAUUUUAUAGGGACCCAUGAUUACAUAUUCUACACAGCGGACUCUUUGACGGUGGAAUCUUUACUUGAAUUAUUGGAUGAGGAUAGCUUAAGGAAGGACACAGCUCUUCCUUCUCCAGAGUGGUCUUCAGAUCAUAUAGCACUUUUAGCCGAAUUUCGUUGCAAAUCAAGAAUUCGACGUUAGCACUCGAGGGGCUGCCUAGAAGAUAUGUUGACAAAAAAUAGGCGAGUUGAUGGAUAAUCUUUUUGGAAGUCAUUAAGAAUGGUGGAUCAGGCCUGUGUGUUCUUCCCCAGGUAUUAUCACCUCAUAAGGGGUAUCCGGCUAUGAUCUGCCCUGUAUCAUGUUUCCUUGUCCCAUAGAAAAUAUGAUCCUAUUCAAAUUUUCCUUUUUUUAUAAUAGAAAUUAUUACAGCUUAUCUGUGGGCUCGAUGUGAGUAGUGAUGUUUUUUACUGUCAAGUUUUUACAACAGCAAUACAGUAGCGUUUGCAAUUCAGAUGGGCUCACUUCUGUAGGUUUUCUUGUAUUUUUCUAGUGGGUAAUAGUCUUCCCCCAUUUUUCUUAGUACAAAAGCAAGAUAACAAAGAUACAGUUGAUUAUCUGCUUCUGUCAAAAUAUAGUAUCAUAGUCAUCCCAGUUCCUUUUCAAGGUGCAAAUACCUCCUUUUUUUACAAUAUUUUUCUCAUCUUAGAUUGGUCUUUGUGUUGGUUGCAUAUGUGAAUUGUUUCGAUUCCUUUUCAUUUUUUAUGGGACCCUAUUGAUGUCAAUGGGAUGCCAGAAUUCAUCAUAUUGUAGCCAUGUUCAAUGAUCAGGAAUGGGUUCCUUGGAUGUCUGUACAGUACCUGUAAUGUGGAAAAUGGUUUUUGGACAUUCAAAAGAUCUCUGUAUGCAAUUUCAUCCUGCAAUUUAUUUCUUACAGCUCUUGUAGUUCCCAUCUGUUGUACUUGCACAUCAGCAGACUAGCAUAUAAAUUAGUAGAACAUCUCUGCAAGUGUUUGCAAGUCAGGUUACAGGGCUGUUAAUAUAAUUAUGUGCAAUUCUGUCUUAGAUUACAGAUACUUUUGGAAGUUGAUUUUUCGUUUAUUCUUAGGUAGAACCUUGUACUAAUUAAUGUCUCUUCAUUUUUGACCCUCGAAUAGAUGAAAAGUCAAACGGGGUACUAAUACUCUAAUAGAGUAGAUGAUGUUUGAUAAAAUGAUAAAGAGUUUCAGUCAUGGUUGGUUCGGGGGGUGACAUUUUGCGGUAAUGGUGAUAAGUUUAUACUCUGUUUAACUUGUGAUAAGUUAUUAAUUGUAUCUUGUGGAUAACUGGAUACUAUGAACGAAGAGAAUACUAUGCGUUGUGGCUACUUUUAUGAUUUUUAGUAUGAGUUUUAUAAGGUACUGAAGUUCGGCUUAAACUUUUCCUAUCAUUCGUAUUGUUUUUGGUCUACGUAAAGUUGACGCAAGGUCAUCUUUAUAAUUUCUACCUUGCUCGUAUUCUUUAGAGCAAUUCUGGGAGACUGGGAGCGUGUUUGGGAUAUUCUUGGGGUAGAAAGGGAUUACUUGAGUUUGAAGAGAGAAUAGUAAUAAAAAAAAAAAAAAUUCUAAUGGUAACUUUUGUACCAAUUGUUUCAUUAUGUAAUGAGUAUUUGACUAAUUUGAGUAAUGAGUGCCAUUAGUAGAUUGUUGGUACUUUUAGGCUGCACAAUUAUAUGUAAUUAGUCAAUUACCUAUUGAUUUGUAUCAUUUAAAAAGUUUGUAUAUCAUGGGAAAGUCUAGGAAAAUUUGUCAAUUACUACCGUGUAUUAAUGUCGUUUUGAAAAUUAUUGUUGCGAAUUAAAAAACUUGUGGAUUACUAUCGUAAAUAGUUUUAAAAAAUUUAUUUUACUACCAAACUUCACUUAAGACCAUUUAUUACGUCAUUUUAGACUCUUAACUCACAUUUAACCUUUGGUUAAGUUUUUAAACG